UAAUCAUGUUUCAAUAACGUAACAUAUAAACGCAAGAUGAGAUUAGUCAUUAAUGAUUGUGACUUUGCAAAGUUAUUGCAAUAUUGUUAUUUCAUUAAUUAACAAUUUUUAAUUAAAAUUAUUUUAUUCGAGCUUUUGUUUACCAAAAUCGAUCAAAACAUAUCAACGAUCGAUAUUGAAGUUAUCGAUACUAAUUCGAAGUACAUUUAAGUGACAUAACCUGUAUAAAAGUAAAACCGGCGAAUACUGUGACAUUGUAAACUUAUUAUUUAAGUUGGGAAUUAAAAUAAGUAAUUCAAAUAUGGAUGCUUCGAUUAUCAGAAAUGUACUUAAUUAUUAAUAAUUCAUGCCUAAUGAAAGAUUUCCAUAGUUUGUUUAAUCAAAUAUCUGAAACAUGUUUCAAGACAUGCAUGAGUACAUUUAUGUCAAGGGAUAUAUCUACAGAAGAGAUUCAAUGCAUAGAGAACUGUUCAGGCAAACAUAUCCACGCGAAUCAUAAAGUAAUGCAAAUAUUUAUGGAAGUGCAAUCUGCUAUCACUCGUAAAAACAUGGAGGAAUUUGAAAAGACUCAGGCUGCUUUAGAUGCAGCACGAAAAGAGCAGAAUUCUGAAAGCAAUGAAUAGUCAAUUUUGUAAAUUAAUUAGGUCCUCUAUUAAAUAUACUUUUUAAACCUAA